AUGCACUGGGGGGUUGGCUUUGCCUCGUCCAGGCCGUGCGUGUUGGAUCUGAGCUGGAACCAGAGCGUCUCCUUCUUCGGCUGGUGGGCCGGGUCCGAGGAGCCCUUCUCCUUUUAUGGGGACAUCAUCGCUUUCCCUUUGCAGGAUUACGGUGGGAUCAUGGCAGGGCUGGGCUCCGAUCCCUGGUGGAAGAAAACCCUUUACUUGACCGGGGGAGCUUUGCUGGCCGCAGCUGCGUAUCUGCUCCACGAACUCCUGGUCAUUAGGAAGCAGCAAGAGAUCGACUCCAAGGAUGCUAUUAUUUUGCAUCAGUUUGCAAGACCUAACAAUGGUGUCCCCAGUUUGUCACCAUUCUGUUUGAAAAUGGAAACUUAUUUAAGGAUGGCUGACUUACCCUAUCAGAACUAUUUUGGUGGAAAACUCUCUGCUCAAGGGAAAAUGCCUUGGAUUGAAUAUAAUAAUGAAAAAGUUUCUGGCACAGAAUUCAUAAUUGACUUUCUGGAAGAGAAACUUGGAGUGAAUUUAAACAAAAACCUUGGCCCACAUGAAAGAGCUGUGUCGCGAGCGGUGACCAAGAUGGUGGAGGAGCAUUUCUACUGGACGUUAGCUUAUUGCCAGUGGGUGGACAAUCUCAAUGAGACCCGGAAGAUGCUCUCUCUUAGUGGUGGCGGUCCCUUCAGUAACCUGCUGAGGUGGGUCGUGUGCCACAUAACGAAAGGAAUUGUGAAGCGCGAGAUGCAUGGCCACGGCAUUGGCCGCUUCUCAGAGGAAGAGAUUUACAUGCUGAUGGAGAAGGACAUGCGGUCCUUAGCAGGGCUUUUGGGUGAUAAGAAGUACAUCAUGGGGCCCAAACUUUCCACUCUCGACGCCACUGUCUUUGGGCACUUGGCACAGGCAAUGUGGACCUUACCAGGGACAAGACCUGAGCGGCUGAUCAAAGGUGAGCUGAUCAACCUUGCCAUGUACUGUGAGAGGAUAAGGAGGAAAUUCUGGCCUGAGUGGCACCAUGAUGACGACAACACCAUCUAUGAGUCUGAGGAGAGCAGCGAAGGCAGCAAAACCCACACCCCCCUGCUAGAUUUCAGUUUUUACUCAAGGACAGAGACCUUUGAAGAUGAAGGAGCAGAGAAUAGUUUUUCCAGAACCCCAGACACAGACUUCACUGGACACUCACUCUUUGAUUCUGAUGUGGACAUGGAUGACUACACAGACCAUGAACAGUGCAAGUGACGUCCAGCCUCGCUGACCCUCUUCCUUCGGAGCUGCCACUCCCUGGGGUUGGUCCAGUUUCCCAGGUAGAAAUCCAUCUACAAUGGGAGGAGAUCUUGGGGCAUUACCCACACGCUAACUGGACUGUGGCCGCCUUAUUUCUUUUUUGUACAAACAGAACACAGAACCAUUCAGAUGGCUCCAUUUAAACAACACCCCCCCCCCAACAAAGUCAGCAUGGUUCCUGAAAUCCAUUUUUGAAAACUAAUAUUGUGUUGUAGAGCAGGUAAAUGAGGGGAUUGUCAGCUGAUAGUGUUUAUAUCGAUCCUCCUCAACUGAGGGCUUAGUUAUGAGCUAGAUUCUUGAAUGUCCUUCAUUCUCCAGGAUAUGAAGUAUGAGAGGUAUCAGAAAACAUGUAGGAGAUAAAUGUCCUAUGGUGGCCACUUGUAUUCUGUGUAUGUAUAUUGUAUGUUGAACAUAAGUCAAAUAAAAUCCACAGAUACUCAA